CACGAACAGAUCGCCAUCGACCAUGAAGGAAUUAGACCCCAUACCGUUCACUGUUGAAUUGGGCCAGUUUUAUCAACGAGCCAAAACGUCAGGCACUGUUAAUGUCACGAUGAAGCGAUUAACCCGAGAGCCAUCACAAGGCCAGCGAAAGCGCAAGCUGGAAGAUACCACCAUGACCGAAGCUACAGAGACAUCAGCAGACGAUGACAAAGAGUAUGUGUGUCUUAUAAGAGCAAAGUUCAAAAAUGAAAACAUUAGCACUAGGGUGAACGGCACAGAGUACGAGAAGUUUCAGCAGGCAUACAGUAAUAUAAUCAAGGCAUAUAUGGACGCAUUGAAGAAAAAGGACCGAAAAGCCAAAGUCAAUCAAAAGAAGCCUACUGCCGCUGCUGCUGCAAGCAAACUCAAGCCUUCUGCUUAAUUCUUGGGACGUUUCGGAUAGAUUUGUUGUAAUUUUGUUCUUAUUCUGUUGAAAAUCCAAGAGACAUCUUAUUGAAUGGUUCUCAAAAAAAAAAAAAAAUGAGCCGAUAA